AAAAGAAAAAUGCUACAUAUCGAUAUGGUUACACAUCGUAUAUAACAUCGAAUAUCUAUAAAGGUUGCGCAGAAUCUUGUUUCACGAGUGUUUAGAGUUAGACGAAGCGUAUUUAAUUGUGCAUCAGUCUGAAAAGAGACCUUGAAAGGUAAUGUCGUCAACAACGUUUUCAGUUUUUUUCUUUCUGACGAGAGUGAUCAUUCUAAAGUAUUUCUCCGCGAUCGAUGCGUCUAUAAUUGAAAGAAUAGAUGUGCCGUCAGUUGUACAUAAUGGUACUGGACCAAUCAAGCUUUCUUGUAUUUACAAAAUCGAUGAGAACGAAAAUGGUCUUGUUGUUAAAUGGUACCACGAGUUGGACCAAAUCUAUCAAUGGAUACCUCCCUUGCCACCUCAAGAUACGGGUAUAAUUGCGAACUACACGAAAUAUCCAGCGGAGAAUUUAAGACAACCAGAGACACGAUCGAUAAUCUAUUUAAAAAUGAUUACUCUUGACAUGAGCGGAGAAUACAUGUGUGUUGUUAAAACAUUUCAUAGCGAACACACCAAAGCAGCCAAGAUGAUUGUAUACGUCCCGGAAAGCAGCGCAAACAUUUAUGUCUCUCGUUUUAAUGAUAGUCAUAUUAACGUUAAAUGUAUAGUCUUAGGAGCACAACCUAAGCCGACUUUGGUACUUUAUAUCGAAGGGAUUAAAAUCAAUGAUAAAUUCGACGAAUCAUUGCAAAUUAUUAACGAAUAUAGGCAUAAUCUUUCCGUAACACGGAAUAUUGUCUUAAAGAAUAUAAUGAAUCCUGUAUUAAUAGAGUGCGAAAUUUCUAUUUCUGAAACAAAUUACAAAAGAAGGGAAAAGAUGGUUUACUACCCUGAUUAUAUAAAAAAUUAAGAUAAUGAAUUAUAUUUUCAUUAUAUUAUAAUCAUAAUUUAGUAUAAUAAAAAAAAAGUAAUAAUCAGAAAAAAGUAAUAACGUAGUUAAAACAGUAAUAUUAAUAUAUUAGCUUUAAUUUAUAUUAACUUUAUUUAUUGAAUUUUUAACUUUUCGGACAUCUUAAUCCAUUUUUUUUAUAUCAUAUAUCUUUGUUAUUUCCAAAAUUUAAUUUUCAUAUGAUAAAAAUGUUAAUCUGUUGAUCGAAAUUAGUUUAGGUUUUAAAAAUUAAUGGAACUAUCUUUUUUUUUUAUAAUUAGGUGCUCGCUCUUAGCAUAUGUUUAAUAUUCUACGAACAAAACGAAUUAAAAAUUCUAACAAUAUAUGCAAAUCUGAUACAAUACGAAUGAAAAUUCGCGCUUAAAAGUUCUGUCUAUUAUAUUGUACGGGGACUCCCUCAAUUCUUGAAUCGUGUUGUAAGGGGAUUACACCGAUUUUCAAACUAUAUUGUAGGAAUAUCGCGUUAUAAGGAUUAUAUUCGGAAUAAAAUCUAUGGUAUACUUUAGUCAACCCCCGUACUAAGAAGAUCGACAAUCGAAUGUUAAUUAGCUUCAAUAUCUAUAUUUGUACGGCGAUUGCGUAUAAGUCGAGGGUGGAUGAGAAGAUAUAGUGGGGGAAAAUUUACUUAGAAAUCAAGCAACAGGAUCUUCUGAUGCUCCUUAAGAUCAUUCCUUCGCCAGCUCUCGCAAUCUGCAAAAGU